UUCUCCUUCUCUCUCUCUCUCUCUCUCUCUUCUGUUUUUCUUCUGUUUCUACAUGACAGAGGAAUUAUUUCCCAUUUUCCCGCUUGCAUUUGAUUGAAUUUGUUCUGAUUUUUUUGCCUUUUAUUCGCCUUCUUUCUCGUCCACCCUUCCUAUCUUGAUUCUUUUUUCUUUGUUUGUCUUCUUCAUUUUUCUCAUCGCUGGAAUUGUUUUUCAAUUCGUUUUAAUUUUUAAUGCAUCAUUCUGGUUUUAUUAUGGUUGCUGAGGAAAUGUGGGAGGGAAUUCAAAUGGGAGGAUUUUACAUCUUUCUCUCCAGAAUCAUCUGAUGUUACUAUUUAGAUGGGAAGAUAAUGGAAAAGGAAUUUCUCGAAUUUUAUACCAUGGCAACUUCAAAAGGGUCAUCCAACGUCAGGAAUUUUAUGAGUUCUGGAAAACAUGCACUACUCCCUCCUAAAAGUCCUUUCCCUAGUGUUUCUCCAUCAUAUACUGAAUAUGUUCCUAAUACUGCAAUUGGAGCAAAAGCUGUUCAGAGACCAAGAGAUGGUAACAGCUACCAUCAAAGAACUUCUUCCGAAAGCUUUCUAAUAGAGGAGCAGCCUUCUUGGCUUGAAGAUCUUCUUAAUGAGCCGGAGACCCCUGUUCGCAGAGUUGGUCAUCGACGUUCAUCAAGUGACUCCUUUGCAUAUACAGAUUCUGCUAAUGCUAAUUUUGAUAGUAUCGUGCAAGAAGACUUCAAAUAUACAAAUUCUAUUCCUGGACACUCUUGGUUAUGUCAAGAAUUUGAUCGUCAGAGAGAUGCAAGGCAUGCUUCAUUUUAUACUGAAGCGAAUGUGACAAAGCAGAAGAAUAGGGUGUGGGAAUCAUCUUUGUCUGCCAUGAAUAAUCCCAUGGCUCUUCGUUCUCCCAGGGAGAACAUUGUUGUUCAUACCUCGGGACCAUUGAUCCCUCCGCAGGAGGCAGAUGGUUUGCUUUCUACAGCAAGUGAAAAACAGGAUCCAACUGAGUCUGGUCCACACGAUCCAAAAGUCUCUUCUGAAAGGAAGGACGUGUCUCAUGGAAAAUCAUCCGGGUCGGAUACAGAAAAUAAACGUGCCAAACAGCAAUUUGCUCAGCGUUCAAGGGUUCGGAAACUUCAAUAUAUAGCUGAGCUUGAAAGGAAAGUACAAGCGUUGCAGGCAGAGGGCUCUGACGUCUCAGCUGAGCUUGAAUUUCUCAACCAGCAAAAUAUUAUUCUUAGCAUGGAGAACAAAGCCCUCAAGCAGCGGUUAGAGAGUUUAGCUCAAGAGCAGCUAAUUAAAUACUUGGAGCAGGAAGUACUGGAGAGGGAGAUUGGAAGGUUAAGAGCUGUGCAUCAGCAGCAACAACCGCAACAACUACGACCUUCUUCUAGUCAUCGGCGUACUUCAAGCAAAGACCUUGACAGUCAAUUUGCAAAUCUUUCUUUGAAGCAAAAGGAUUCUGGUUCAAGUUGUGACCCAGUAACAGGUCCAGUGCGCAGUUAGGUUUCAUGUUUGACUUCACGUGUUGUGCCUGGGAACGUUUGCCAAAUUGGUGAACGAAAAUGAUCGUCACUUCAUGCAAGACAAGCUGAUCGCUUCCAGUCUUGGUACCUCUCUGUUUCUCUCAGGUCUCCUUUUAAUUCUUUGCCGCUGUUUCCUGCCUUUUCCUGGAGUUAACAUUUUCGUAUGCAUGCACCUGGUGGUCAUUGCCGUUGUCUUGUUUGUUCAACAUGAGGUGUGUGGCCUACCGGAGGUGGUAUCUGUCUGUAGUGUAUGUCUAAUCAAUUAUAAUUUACACCACUUGUAAGCACCAUUUUUUAACUUUCAUCCAAAAAAGUUCCGCUUCCACAGUGUGAACAUCUUCUGUGCUGUUUGGACAUUCAGUACCUGUAAUGCAUCACGGUGAGAAAUAAUUACAUGAUUCCAUUGAAAUCUCUGAUUUACGGAUGGAAUGCUUGCCUAAUCUCUCUCCCUCCAUGUACUUCAGACUUGUUUUAACCAUUUUUAUGACUGAGUUGAUCGAAAUAUUUUGAUGUUCGUCCGGUUGGGUUAUCAAGCAGUGUGGUAGAGCAGUUACUUAGCAGUACAUUACUUCACAAGCCCCAUCACAUUGUGUCGCAGGUCUAGUUUGGUGUUGUAAUUUUAUGUUGAUUGCGGUCAAUUAUAAGCUUUGUUUCGACAUUCUUUUCAAGAAUUUUUUUUGGUUGG